CCUGAAGUUCGGAUCCCGGCGCACUUCACGUUUCGGGAGGUGCGUUGCUUUGUCUUGAGUCUUCGUGGUUCCAGACGUUGACGUCAUGGUGUGUUGUUCGAUUUGCGUUGUCGUUCGCAGAUAGUAUGUCUUCUUCCAAGGGUGAGGUGGAGCCAACAAGGACCUCCGGGAAGGAAUCACGAAAAGAUUCCACGAGGCGGUCGUCUACUGCCACGCAGGGGUGGUCAAACCAUUCGAGGUCGAAAUGGUUCAUCGACUGGUGUUGUGGAGACACUUCCAACCCCACUGCGCAGCCAUGUGGUCCUGUCAUCUUCAUCGAUGACAGCAGAAGGCGUAGAGUGCUUGGUGCCGUCUUGCGGUGGGAGGACGCAAAGGGGGGCCGGCGACAUUUCUAUAUGCAAAACGUUUAUGGCGCCAAGGGCAACGUCGUUGCCAAUUCGAAAGGGACGUUGUUGGACCUCGAAUUGUAUGAGGGGCUCGGAGCGGGUGCUGUGAACACCCCGUUCUACAGAGAACUCGUUCUUGGGGGUGGUUUUGUUUUGGCGCGUGAAUUUUUCGACAUGUUGGAGGACAGAAACAUCACUCUAGACGUCCCCUGCGACGUCGACCCAUCCCUGGAGCUGUCUUUGCCGUUGAAGCUGUGCAGCGAUUGCGAGUCAAGCGGGGCAGCGGCGGAGGGCGGUGAUCCGGGUUCUGGUCCCGCCACUCAGCUGCACCGUGGCGAGAGCCGAGUACAGGUGGCGGCCUAUUCGGAGGUCGACUUGGAGGCGAGCGAGGGACAGGGUGUGGAGGAGGUGGAUGUGGGAGGCCUGGGCUCGAAAGGAGCUCCGCAAAAGAGGAGGGGGGAUCGUCUAGACGAGUUCGCCGGUUCUACGAAGAAGUUAAAGAGCAAGGCCCUCAGGACUGCGGGGGAGAAACGCAAGGGGACCGAGGGGGAGCAGGGCCGGCAGGUUGCCAAACGACCGUCUUCGAGACAGAAGCAGCCUGAGUCUGGACCGUCUUCUCCACUGACAACAGGGACUCCCAUCGACGUCGACGCUGGGUACUUCCUCGAGUACAAAAACGGCGUUCGGACAAAGCGGGAGUUCGACAUUAGCCCUGCGCAGGUCGUCGACCUCGGGGACUGGGAGGACCUGUACAACCAGCGGUCCCCGGAUCCCGUGCUCGUGGAAGGGAUCAAAGAAGCGAUGCGGUUGGGGUUCGAAAAAAAAGCGCAGUCUUACGAUUUACCAACCCUGAAGCUCGCGCCGCUGGGGUUUGAUAAACCUACUCCGGGGACCAAGGCAGAACGUCUGAGGCCGGAGGAUUGGAGGGAUGAGAUGGCGGGACAAUACUACUACUACGCGGUGUGUGGGCAGCACAACGCGGCUGCAGCGAGGUUGCUGCUCGACAGCGAGGUGGCCAGGAAAUACAAUUUCAAGCGGUGGCCUGCACGAAUGGUUUACUUUUCGGACGACGACCUCGAAGGGUACUUCCUUGUCAGUUCCCAGGACAACAAGAAGGACCUCAAGGCGCCUCAACGACAGCUGAAGCUGUCAAUAAGGGACAUUAGGUGGCAGUGGAAGCGCGCCGGUUGCCCUCGUGCUAUUAUGGGGAACCCCAGCGGAAAACAGAAUCAGGUCCGGAAGUGGCGUGAAUUCUGUAAUGUCGCACUCAACAUGACACCGCACAACAACUUGUGGAUUCUCGCAGAUCAGCAGGGCGAGGAGACCAUCAGGAAACAAGGCGCUGCCCUGCGUUCCUAUUUCCCGCUGGCGAUGGCAGGGGAGAACGUCUGGAAACUGGCCGUCAAGUUUUUCGAGAAAUGGGAGACAGGCAGAUUGAUCGAACACGACGGCGCAAAGUGGAUCAUGCGGAAGAAGAAAGUAAAAAACGUGAAGCCUGAGGUUGCAUACAUCCAUAAUGACAAGCUGGGCAGGAAGGAGGUCGUGUACAACGUCCCUGUGGACUCGCCGACAAAACAACGAGAAGUGUCGCGUCCUGAAGAAGGUAAUCGCUUGCGAGGUGGUUUGGGUACAGCGUUGGCGAAGGUCGGAAAGCUGAGCGUCCAGGAGGUGGUGAAUUUGGUGAAGUGCGACCGGGUGCUGGUGCGUCUGUGGAACUACUACCAGUUCAAGCACGACAAAAGGCCGGACGCGGAUUGGAGCCAGAGGUUCCCGUUCCUGAAAUCAAGGUCCGCAAUUUUCAGACAGUUUGAGAGUCGUGGUUUGGAUGCUGAGUUGUGGGACGGGAGCACGAAAUACGUCACUGACUCCUCGUUGUUCAAGGACUACCCGCCCUACAUGGGCUGCGACGACGACAGAUCGAUCGAGGCGACGGAGAAGCUGGCCGUCACAAGAAGUUGUCCGUCGACUGGAGGAAUAAGGUCCUAGGAGGAGCUGACGUUCAGCAGUUACUCCUCCUUGAUCUCCACGGAAGACGAGGAGACCACCGGCAUCGAGCUCGACGCGACCGUGGACGAGGAGGGAAGCGAUACUGAAAGCCUCGACCUGCAGCACGACCAACAUUCCGCGCAGCACGCUACAGGGUCGUCCCUGGCAGGUCCGUCGACAAGCCCAGCGUCCCUCGUGUCACCGAUGGCGAAACCGGCGCCUGGCACUGCCCCGAUGAAGUUGUUGCAGAGAAUGCAAGCUCUGGCCUCCGGCCAUCGCUCACUGCGUCCCGGGUCUGACAUCCCGCCCGAUCAUCUGUCUUGGACGAAUGCCAACAUUCACUUCCUGCCUGAGCCUCAAAAUCGUUCCACGGAGGCGGAUUGGGGCCAUGACAUGAUUUGGCAUCCAGGAGUCAUCCAGCCGGCGAUCCAAAAGGGUGACUGGAUCAUGGCUGUCGCUGUCCCGGACGGAGGAUGGAUGCCACUCCCUCACGGGUCGAAGUCUGACUUCCUCGACGUCGCUAGAAUUGCGGUCCUCCAGAAAGUGAGGGCCGAGAAUGACUCUUUCGCACCCGAAGACGUGUCCGUCAUUUCCACAGUCGGGCGAUUGUUCGCCGAACUUGAGGACAAGUGCUGGUUGGAGCUGACGGAGGACUACUACGACCUCAACACGAGCCCCUCGAAAGGAAGGGUGGACUGGAAAAUCCCCCCUCCCAGUGGGACGCAUGUAAGUAUAGGGUCUCAGGGAUCGGACGGUGGGGAGAACGAGGGCGACGAGGCUGGGGCCGGUAAACGAGUCCCGGGGCGACAACACGAGGGUGACGAGGCUGAGGGCGGGUCUCAGGGCGACACCACGACAGCGGAAGGCAGCGGCGGGGUGGCGGGGGAGGCCCUCGGGCGUGUGCAGUCUACCGGUCCCGGUCCGGAAGGCUCGGCACAGUCGGCGGACGUGCCCAGUUCAUCCGCUUGCUCGGUGAUGAUGGCCUUGGUUGCUCUCCGUGCCAACUCGGUCGAAACGUUCAAGUCCGCCGGGAUCCGAACUUCAAUGCUUGCAAAGUGGACAGAGAGGACGGACGCGCAGAGCUGGUCAGGACCGGGGGUGGCGAGUCGUCAUCCCAAAAUAGACCGCGGUGCGGUGAGGGACGGGACUUCGCCGCCUGCGGGGGAUCGCCAACCGCUUCGGUCGGAGCGAGAGGGUGCGUGUGGAGGGCCCGGCGACAGGGAGACGGCGAAGUUCGCCGGGAUCCGAACUUCUCCGAGCAAGGCGUGUGGAGGGCCCGGCGACAGGGAGACGGCGAAGUUCGCCGGGAUCCGAACUUCUUCAAGCAAGGCCUGUGGAGGGCCCAGCGACAGGGAGACGGUGAAGUUCGUUGGGAUCCGAACAUCUUCAGGCAAGGGAGGCCAACCAAGGAUAUUGGUGCAGGCGGGAGGGGCUGCGUGCGGGGGGCGGGAAGGGCAUUCGUCGGAAAUCGACACAGGUUCGGGCGAAGUGGCUGCAUUGCAUGCAGGGGAAGAAGGCAGGGUGAUGGACAAAGAGAAGGAAGUGGAGGAAGGAGACACAGGGGAGGAAUUGGAGGAAGGAGGGGAGGAAGGGGAGGAAGAAGAGGAUGAAGGAGAGGAAGGGGAAGAAACGGAGUUGGCUGGGUUGCUAGGAGGGCAGGAGGGGGGAAAAGGUGAACUCGAUACAGGAGACGACGAACGGACUUUCGGCAAUGACGAUGACAGAUCUGGGGAGUCGUCUGACGAAUUCGGGCAGCUGUACGGAGAACACCGUGAGGAAGACGAUGACGACGAUGACACGGCACUGGGUAUGGUGACACAGGUGGUCACAAGCCUUUCGGCAGAACGUGAUGACUAUGAGGUCGAAGCAACGACGUCUGCCGUCGAUCUCCAACACCGGUUCAACGAAGCUCGUGUAACAGUCUGCCUGACUAAACCGAGUGUGCGUAUUGACAUCGACGAAGUUAUCGAUAGCAUCCUGGGCGACCACCACAUGUCCGCGCAGCCGUCCUCGACGCCUGAUGUCGACGACCCUCUCGACGACAAACCUUCCGGGGGAUCUGUCGUCGAUUUUUCGCCGACGAACUCUCUGAUGCUGUCGCCGACCAUCGCCAGCGGAGGACAAGGCGGGAUCAAGGGACGACAAAAUGUCACAUCCCCGAAAAAAACUGUCGCCGGUACUCGAGCUCUCGACGUGCUGGCCUUGCCCGUGCCAACUUCGCCGAUUAAAAAGCGGAGAGACAAACCAGCUGGUAAGCAGUGACAAACGCCACUCUGUCUGCGCGCCAGUGACCGCAGUGUCCGUCGAUGCCGGGGAGUUCCCGAUGCC